GUCAGUCGCUAGCCUUUGCCCAUGUGAAGAGAAACGUUUGCACUUGUGCUCGUGCCGUCGUCGUCGGUCGUUGUCGUCGAGGAUUUUGGGUUUUGGCUAUCAGAGCGCGCACACACAUACACAAAUACGAAAUAAAAGAACCAAAAAAAAAAAAAAAAAAAAAAAAAAAAUAGCAAAGAAAUUCACACACGUAUAGAAAAAAGCGCAGCAGUGAAAAUGAAAUGGCAAUAAUGUGGUAAAGCCAAAGCCCCCCUCCCCCUCUCAAAAAAAUAAAUAAAAUAAAAUGAAAAUGAAAAAUAAAUAAAAAUAAAAUAUGGCAACUGUGGAGCUAUAAAAAAUGCCAAAAAUGUGAAAAGUAUUGGAAUAUGAGAAUCCAACAAUUUAACGAAUAUAAAAAAUCAAAGGAACAGAAGCAGCGCCCGAAAGGCAGAACCAAAUAUUUCUCAGCAUAUUCAUGUAAAAACUAAAAUACAAAAAAAAAAAAAAAAAAAACAGAAUAAUUCGGAGAGUAGCAACAACAAGAAGAACAACAGCUACAAAAACAAAAACAACAGCCUGAGCAGCAGCAAUAAAAUCAAGAGCGUGCAAGGCGCGAGAGCCAAAGCACAAGCAAAAGCACUCGAUAAAAAGUUAUUAGCAAAAACAUAAAUACGUAACUUGCUCUCUGGACUCUCGCUCCCUCUCUCACUCUCUUCCGCACUCUCUCACUGUCACUGUGAAAAGGGCGCCCAACGCCAACGCGCAGCCCAACUGUUCUGCGAGCGUGUAUGUGUAUGUGUGUGUGGGAGAGGCAGAACGAGACGGACUGUAGGUAGGUCAGUGGCAGUGGGCGGCAGCCUAGCAGCAGCGCCAGCGCCAGCGGCAGCGGCAGCUGUGGCAGCUACGCCAACGCCAACGCCAAACGCCAACAUCAACUGUAAAUUGCAAAGGGCAGCAUGUCCUGCACCGUUUCCGAAAUGCCCAGCGGCUGUCGCUUGCGCGGCAUGAAUGCAUCCUCACAGAGCGCAGCUGCAGCUGCGGCCGCGGCGGCGGCCAACAAUGGCAAUGGGAACGGCAGCAAGGAGAGCGUCGGUGUUGGAGCUGGCAGUACCGCAGCGGGCGGUAACGGCGGCACAACGGGCACCAGCACAACGCUGCAGGGCAGCGUGAGCGCCACAUCGAAUGUGCUGCAGGAGUCAAAUGCGCCGCUGCAACGGCCACAAACACAGAAGCCGUGUUGCUUUUGUUGGUGCUGUUGUUGUUCCUGCUCCUGGGCUAAAUGUCUUGCCAUCAAGAAUGCGGAUGAAAAUGCGCCCACCAAACGUGAUCUCGUUAGCGCCGAUUUCCUAGAUGGCGAUCAACCCACAUUAGAAGAAAUACGUAGUUGGGGUAAAAGCUUUGAUAAACUAAUGACGAAUUCAAAUGGUCGCAAAGUCUUUCGUGAUUUUCUACGGAGCGAAUUUAGUGAGGAGAACAUACUGUUCUGGCUAGCCUGCGAGGAUCUGAAGAAGGAGAACAGCCCCGAGGUGGUGGAGGAGAAGGCGCGCCUGAUAUAUGAAGACUAUAUAUCGAUACUAUCGCCGCGUGAGGUGUCGCUCGAUUCGCGAGUGCGGGAGAUUGUCAAUCGGAAUAUGAUUGAGCCGACGACUCGCACCUUUGACGAAGCUCAAAUACAAAUCUAUACGCUGAUGCACAGAGACUCAUAUCCCAGAUUCCUAAACUCGCAAAAGUACAAGACACUCGCUCAACUGCAAGACAAUUCGAAUGCCGGCUCCAAGGCGGAUAGUCCCACUUAGAAUGUUAUUUAACUGAUUUCGGACUUUCUUUUAACUUUAGUAUUCUUUAUUAUUUGUUUGGGAUGAUCCUUAGAGUCGAGGCGACAACUGUAGCCGCUGUCCUGCCGUCGUUCGCUCAGCUUUUAUUUAAAAAAAAAAAAAAAAAAGAAAAGAAAAAGAAAAUAUAUAGAAGCAAUAUGUCAUAAAAACUUAAUAAAUACAACUAAUUCCAAGAGCAAAGUAUAUAUAGAGAUAUAUAUACAUGUUAGCUGGCGAUCGAUGGAAGCAGUGGCAACAGAUACGAUUGACUCUAAGCGGGGUAGAUACCAUAUAUAUAGGGCAACGCAACAACCAACUUAGACGAUAUAUGAUGCAUUAUGUGAAACCGAUUCCUUCUUUACAAUGUUCUAGUCGUUAACAAAACCAUAAGAAAAAAAAAAAAAAAACCAAACUAGGCAAUUUAUAUAAAAGAAAUGAAAUGAAAAGAAAACUUAGUUGUUAAACUUUAAAACGGGCAACGGGUUAGAUAAUACCAACUAUAUAUAUAUAGUAUAUACAGCGGGCAUUUCUAGGGAGAAACUUUAAGAAGCAGAUAUAAGUUACAAAUAUUUGUAUAAUGUAUAUUAGUUUGUAUUGUCUGGCCCAGUCUGGUAUCCAGUCUAAACAGAUUGCGAAACAAUUAGCAUUAUAUUGUAAUAAUUGUUUAUACUAAGACGUAUUAAUCAAAUUGAAACCAAAACAAACAACUUUAACG